AUGAAAAGUGAUUAUAAAGGAGCACAAAGCUACAUUAUUCGAGAUAAUUCGCUUGCUGUUUAUUCACCCUGUUCCGGCCACAGUUUGAAUCUAUGUGGAGUAGAUUCUGCCGAGUAUUGUUCCAAAGCCAUCACGUUUUUCGGAGUCGUUCAAAAGUGCUACGCUAUUUUCAGCAGCAGUCCGCAACGUUGGGAGAUUUUAAAAAAUAAAAUUGAAUCUUCACUUCACAGUUUAUCCGAGAUGCGAUGGUCCGCCAAAAUUGACGCUGUGAAACCUUUUGCAAAUCAUCUUCAAAGUGCGUUAGAAGACUUGAAAACACUCAAUUUGACCGCGGAAACUCGUAGCGAUGUUGAUGGAAUCCAAAAAUACAUUAGUAAAUUUGAAUGUAUUUUGAUGGCAUCUAUAUGGUCAAAAAUUCUAAAUGCAAUCAAUGAAAAAAGCACCGUUCUACAGACUAGAAAUGCUACAAUCGACGUCGAAGUUGAAAAUCUUGAGAGUUUAUUUUUGGAUAUGCAGCUAAUACGAAAUCAAUGGAAUGCCAUUUUACGCGAACGUAAACUAGUCACAAGUGGUUUAAAGGGUACUUCAACAUUGUCUAUGAGUAGAAGAAAAAAUAAACGAGCUAAGACAUUUUCCGAAAGUGAGAAUAAAGAUUCCACCAGUACAACUAUUACUGACGAAGAAACCGAUUUUUAA